AUGGCGGUGCCAGCGGUCGAUGAAUCCUGGCGCCAAGAUUGGAUAUUGGCGCGCGAGGCGCCACCGCGCAGAGCUGAAUUUCAGCGCCACGGGCCAUCCACGUUCGGCGUCAACGUGCACGGGCCAGUGUUCUCUCACAAGGUUGGCGUCGGGAGGGCCCGCGCACCACAGCCCGAAGACCUGGGCGGCCUGCAGCGCGAGGCGUGGGCGUCCGCGGAGGAGCAUGGGCGGCCUGGAACGCGGCCGGGGGCAGCCACCGGCCCUCACAGUGCUCGGUGCACGUGCGCCAGGGGCAGGCCCGACUUGAACCUGCAUGGCGCGGUCGGGGCUGCGGUGUUGUCUUUGCGCCAGACGCUGAUCGGCAAGCCCUCCGCUCAGAAGAAUUACGAUAUCACGGAGACCACGCCAUUUGCACCAGCCUCUCCACCACGGGCCGCUCUCAAACUCGGGCGUCGGUCACAAAUCGAUGGACGUGCGCAGCAAGGAGAUGUACAGGCGGUAUGCCAAGCCGUAGUGCAGGUGCAGAAGGCAUCCGCACUUGUGAAUGAUGAGGGAUCGCCCUGCCAGCAGGUGCCGAUAGAAAUGGGAUGA